CUGCACAUUUUCACUGGAUGUUGUGACGUUUCUCCGGUUUGGCCAUGAAUUCAUUUCUUAAAUCCCCUGUCAGAGGCGCUGAGGCAUCACUUAACUCGCGUGGCUCUGAAAGCUGUGGCGAGUCGGAGAACGGUUGCUGAGUAGGGAUGCUGAGCUUGGUACUGCACCCCUCAAAGAUGUACAGUUUGAACAGCAUGUGACUGCAGAGCGGGACUAACGACCAGGAACGGAGCGAAGCGGACCAUACAUUCAUUUAAAAUUAUCCCUCCGUUGGAAGGUCUCCAACUCUGGCAGCCAUGGCUAACAGAGGACCCAGCUACGGACUGAGUAGGGAGGUUCAGGAGAAGAUAGACCAGAAGUAUACUCUGGACCUGGAGGCCAGACUGGUGGACUGGAUCAUCUUGCAGGUUGGGGGGAACAUAGAGCGACCAGAGCCUGGGAGACUGAACUUCCAGAGCUGGCUCAAAGAUGGAACAAUUCUUUGUAGGCUCAUUAACAGCCUAUAUCCCCCUGGUCAAGAGCCCAUAAAGAAGAUCCCAGAGACAAAAAUGGUCUUCAAGCAGAUGGAAAAGAUCUCCCAGUUCCUGCAUGCAGCUGAAGCUUAUGGGCUGAUCACCGGGGACCUUUUCCAGACUGUGGACCUGUGGGAAGGGAAGGAUAUGGCUGCCGUGCAAAGGACCUUGUCGGCUCUAGGCAGUAUGGCACUCACAAAGGAUGAUGGUCAAUAUCGUGGUGAACCUGAUUGGUUUCAUAAGAAAGCUCAGGGAAACCGGCGGGAGUUUUCUGAGGAGCAGCUGCGUCAAGGCCGUAGUCUGAUUGGCAUGCAGAUGGGCGGCAACUCAGGGGCGUCUCAGUCUGGCAUGACAGGGUAUGGCAUGCCACGCCAGAUAAUGUAAAAAUGUCACUUGGCUCCCCUAUAGGGAUCCAAAGUUGCUAUCUCAUUAGCUCAGGGGCAGCGUGAAGUUUCCCUGAUGAUCUCUCUAAAGGGGUCCUAGAUGUCACUUCAUAUAGGAAAUCUGAGCGCUCUAACAGGGCAUUACAUACAUCCUUCAAAAAAACCUUUUAUGCGCUCACAGUGGCUCUACAGCUGCAUUUACACAGGCAGCCCAAUUCUGAUAUUUUUUCCACUAAUUGGUAUUUUUACCAAUCACAGAUCUUUUUCCCCGAGGUGAUCCAAUUGGUCAAAAAACCAAUUAGUGGGGGAAAGUAAGAUCAGAAUUGGGCUGCCUGUGUAAACAGCCUUCACUCAGUUACAUGGUCAGGUGUGUCAUUUCGAUCAGUGUGGAUAUGUUGUCUGUGCAUCAGACUGGUGUUCCAAGGUUUCUGUCAACACAGUUGUGACACGACAGCAUGGAACUGUGCCAUUGUCCAAGAAGACAUUUUUGGUUAUUUAGAAAAGUCAUUGUAAUGAUAGUCACAAUGGUAUUACAUUACAGUAUUCUUUAUUCAGGUAAUUUACAGCACGACUAGUCUUAUUUUUUACCACAGUGUGGAAUGUGAAUGCUAUACGGCAAUUAUCUUUCACAUAACUUUGUUGCAUGCUAAUGUUCAGUAUUGAAUGUUUUUUUCUGGUUUAAUUUAUAUUACUUAAUGUACACAGAUGUAUGAGUACUGUGUGAAAUGUAUCAUGUUAUGGAAUAUAUUUACAGAAUUUUCCCCCAAUUGGUUUAAAAAUCAUCUAGGCCUGUAUGGAUUAAAUCCUUCAUGAUGGUUUGGACUGAA